AUGUCGGGUAAUGUAGAAAGCUUAACUCAAGAAGAGAUGGAUGUGGUCAUUUAUGACGCAAGGGUUGGUGAUUUGGAAACAUUACAAGAGAUUUUUGCUGAAGUAUCACCUUCGCUAUUAUUAUCGAUAAAAGAUGAUAUUACGCUAGCAACACCGAUCCACAUGGCAGCAGCAAAUGGCCACCUUGAAACAGUACGAUAUCUUUUAUCCAUUAUACCAAAAGAAGACGCUGUGAAGCUUGUGGCAAGCAAGAACGAGACGGGAAAUACUGCGCUCCAUUGGGCGGCAUUCAAUGGUCACCUUGAAGUUGUACAAUUGCUUAUUGAAGAGUACAACGCCGAUGCUUUUGACAAGAACACUGCUGGCCAUGAUGCAAUUUACGAGGCAGAGAAUAAUGGUAAGGUAGAGGUUGAAAAUUGGUUUUUGAAGAAAUAUACUCCUGAGCAAGAGAUCCUGGUGGAGGAAGAAGGAGACACCACCAAGGUCGUUUAUACACCUGGUAAGGAGAGUAAAUUGGCUGAUGACAAUGCUCGUGAAGCAGCAUUCAAGGCUAGCUUGGAUGAGGAAAAGUCGCUAAAGAGUGAUAGUAAUGAUAAAAAGGCUGACAGCAAUAUGGAAAAAGAAGAUUUACUGAAUGAGCAACUGCUAGAACAAGGUAUAAAGGAUGUGUCUAUAGAAAGUAAAUAG